CGGACGUGUGCACAUUCAUCGCUACUCAUACGUGAAAUGAUGCACAUGUAUUUCUAAGUUAGAGAUAGAACACUCUUUCUAAUUAAGUGUUCUUUGCCGCCUUUUUGCCUGUCUAGGUUUUACCUGUCUGUCUAAACAAUCGCUUGCUCUAAUGAGAAAUAAACAUGCCUGAAAUAAAAGUAACACCACUUGGUGCUGGACAGGAUGUCGGUCGCAGCUGCAUUCUUGUCUCAAUCGGGGGUAAAAACAUCAUGUUGGACUGUGGAAUGCACAUGGGAUACAAUGAUGACAGACGAUUCCCAGACUUCUCUUAUAUAAUCCAGAAUGGACGUUUGACAGACUUUUUGGACUGUGUAAUUAUAAGCCAUUUUCACUUGGACCACUGUGGCGCUCUGCCCUAUAUGAGUGAGAUGGUUGGCUACGAUGGACCCAUCUACAUGACCCAUCCCACCAAAGCCAUAUGUCCCAUUUUGUUGGAAGACUUCCGCAAGAUCACUGUAGACAAAAAGGGAGAAACAAACUUCUUCACAUCGCAGAUGAUCAAGGACUGCAUGAAGAAAGUGGUCCCUUUGAACCUGCAUCAAACUGUCCAGGUGGAUGAUGAGCUGGAGAUCAAGGCGUACUAUGCAGGUCAUGUCCUGGGAGCUGCAAUGGUGCACAUCAAAGUGGGAUCAGAGUCUGUGGUUUACACUGGUGACUAUAAUAUGACACCAGACAGGCAUUUAGGUGCUGCAUGGAUUGAUAAGUGUCGCCCAGACAUUCUGAUCUCAGAGUCGACCUAUGCCACCACCAUCCGUGAUUCAAAGAGAUGCAGAGAGAGGGACUUUUUGAAGAAAGUGCACGAAACCAUAGAAAGAGGAGGGAAGGUUCUCAUUCCUGUUUUUGCCCUUGGAAGAGCACAGGAACUCUGCAUCUUGUUGGAAACCUUCUGGGAGAGAAUGAACCUAAAGGCCCCGAUCUACUUCUCUACCGGUCUGACAGAGAAGGCCAAUCAUUACUACAAGCUGUUCAUAACAUGGACCAACCAGAAGAUCCGAAAAACCUUUGUACAAAGAAACAUGUUUGAAUUUAAGCACAUCAAGGCUUUUGAUCGCUCCUAUGCUGAUAAUCCCGGGCCCAUGGUGGUGUUUGCCACACCAGGUAUGCUGCACGCUGGUCAGUCUCUGCAGAUUUUUAAGAAAUGGGCAGGCAAUGAGAAGAACAUGGUAAUCAUGCCUGGAUAUUGUGUACAAGGAACAAUUGGUCAUAAGAUCCUAAACGGGCAGAGAAAGUUAGAGGUGGAAGGGAGAGCAACAUUGGAUGUGAAGCUGCAGGUGGAGUACAUGUCUUUUAGCGCCCAUGCAGAUGCUAAAGGAAUCAUGCAGCUCAUUCGUAUGGCGGAGCCUCGCAACAUGUUGCUGGUACACGGGGAGGCAGUGAAGAUGGAAUUCCUUAAGGGCAAGAUUGAACAGGAAUUCAGCAUAGACUGCUACAUGCCAGCCAAUGGAGAGACGGCGACUGUGACAACAAACCCCAGUGUUCCUGUGGAUAUUUCACUCAACCUGCUCAAGAGGGAGAUGGCUCUAGGAGGGUCUCUGCCUGAUCCCAAAAAACCUCGCAGCAUGCAUGGAACUCUGAUCAUGAAAGACAACAGCCUGAAGCUGGUGUCGUCAGAGCAGGCGCUGAAGGAGCUGGGCCUCAAUGAACAUCAGCUGCGCUUCACCUGCCGCGUGCAGCUCCAGGACCCGCACAGCGACUCGGACACGCUCCACAGAAUCUACACACACCUUAAGAGUGUGUUAAAGGGCUAUACCACCCAACACCUCCCUGACGGCACCGUCAUAGUGGAGUCCAUUGUCAUCAAAGUCUCCUCCACUCCUGAAGAUGCGAACACCAAGGUCAUACUACUGUCCUGGAGUUAUCAGGACGAGGAUCUGGGGAGCUUCCUUUCAGCUCUGCUCAAAAAAGGGCUUCCAUCUGGACUGUGCUGAAACACUUAAGUAAUUCAUACAGUGUUUCAAAGCUGCGUUUGUGAAGGCUACAAACGUCAGCGCAGAGAAUUCAAACCAAGAUCAACAAUCAUUGAUAGCGUCUAGACUGAAUUACCCUCGGCUUCCUCCACAGGAAGCCACAACGAUGCCUGUUCUAAACCUCAUCCCGCAUGUUAAAAUAGUGUUAAUGUUAUGGAGGACUGGUCAGUUUUUGUAGGUGACACUAAUUUAUCUCGUCACUGAACAACACAAGACAAAUAAGAAAAAUGGAAAUUUGGAUUCUAAUAUCUCAUUUAUUUUGAUGUACAAAGCUAAUUUGAAUAAAAACCGUUGUUUUUUU